UGACUUGACUUUCGGGGGGUUGGCCGGUGUUUCCCGACAUUAGUCGAGUGUCUCCGAGCGCGAGCAGCACAGCCCGACAUAUUUUGAUCAUCCUCCAAAUGUUGAGCCCGAGUCGUGAAGUGCAGCUCUUCAGGGGGGAGAGGUUGGAGAGGAGGGAGACGGCGAGGCAGAAAACACGCAACAUCCACGCACAUUUUCACCUGUGAAGGAAUCUCCGCAGCUGCAGCGUCUGCAUCUGAGAGACUCAAAAGAAUCUGCCAGGAUGGUGACCGUCAGUGUGAUCACACUCAGCCUCCUGGUCACUGCAGUUCUGUCUGCCCCCGUGACAGUUGAUGAGGAUUUCCGGACCUUGUUCCACGGGGAGGACUUUCACAUCAUGCUACCUUCACUCAGGGCCGAGGUCAUGUUUAAGAACAGGUCCGCUCCACGGGCGGCUGAAAUGGUCCUGAUGCGGGGCGGUGCUGUGGUCCACAGUCGGACCAAACUCAAUCACCACCACAGUCACCUCAUCAUAGAGGCUGUGGGUGAGGAAGAUGAGGGCGUGUACACGGUGAAGAAUCCGGAGAAGCCUGAGGAGAUCAGGAGCAUCACGCUUAUAGUCCGAGAUUGCUCCAAUGAGCAGAUCAUUAGAUAUGGAAACAACUUCCAUAUCCCACUGUUGGGAGUGAUUCCUCCCAUCACCCUGGAGUACAGGCCCAGUGCUGUGGAGGCCAACCAGACGUCGAGACCAGCUCUGGUGCUGCUGACUAGCACGGGGAUGUCCAGGGACGGCUACCAGGGUCGUAUCAGCGUCAACGAGCGUCACAUCAGGCUUAGUGCCGUCACUGGUGCAGAUGAGGGCAGCUACACUGUCAGGGAUGCCGAAGGUGCGAUCCAGAGGAAAGUGUGUCUCAACGUCAAGGAGCACCAACUCUUUGAGAUCCUGCCGUAUGGUGAAAGGCUGACGAUCAAGCUGAUCCUCAACAGCUCCUUGGUCCGUCUUUACUACAGCCCUGAUUACGACCCCACACCCAGACUUCUGCUCAACAAAGGAGAAUUCACAAGUGCUCAAGAGGAGCUGGGCCUCGAGGAGCGUCUCACCAUGGAGGAUUCACUGGUUUUUCUCGAUCAGGUCAAGGACUCAGAUGCAGGCCUCUUCAAAGUUGUUGACAUACUGGGAUUCACUGUGUCCAGCAUCAACCUGGAAUUACAACCCUACCAACUGAAGCCACUGUAUGUGGCCAUCAUUGCCCUGCUGGGCCUACUGGUUUUCCUUCUGUUGGUUUGUCUGCUGUCAUGUCUGAUCAAAGUGAAGAAGAGGUCAAAGAGGGCUGCCGCCCUGGAAAAGAUUGCCCAAAAUGCUGGCAAAGAAGAUGAAGGAGAGGCGUUCAGACAGGUGGUGAAGAACAUUACCAAACUCAGCGAGGAAUCCAAACAUUCCCAGGCUGACAAUACAGAGAAGUCUCAGAGCACUGAGGUGGAUAUUAAAGGUCUGGAGGUUUCCUCUAAAGAGGUUGGACUUGGUAACUUAGACACCAGUGACUCCGGUGUUGGCUUUAACACCGCCCUCCCACUGGACACUGACACUGAUGUCCCUGAUCAAAUCCCUGACUCUGAGCCUGUCAGCAUCUCUGUUGCUUCUGAAACCAACCCAAAUCUUCUGUCUGCUGCUGAGUCCAAGCCAAGUGCUCCACCAGCUGUGGAGCCCAGUCAGGGACCUGAAACCAAAACCAGCCCAACACCUGAGACCAAGAAAACCCCUGAUCAACCAGCGGAGGUCAAAUCAAAUGCCCCCGAUCAAGAAGUCAAGCUCAGCCCAGCCCUGAGCUCUGAGCCCAAGGCUGGUCUGAGUCCAGCUGAUCCAAAGCCUGCAUCCAGUCCAAGCCCAGAGCCUAAAGCAGCUUCUCCUAAAGCCCCAACACCUGAAAGUAAGAGUGCCCUAACUCCCACACCUGAGACCCCAAAACCGACCACUCCAGAACCCAUCACCAACGGUACACCUGAGCCGGGCCCAGAUUCAAAACCAAGCCCAGAUCACACUGAUAGUAUCGGUGGCUUGGGUCCAAAGGUCCCUAAAACCCCUGAAGUGGAGCUGAAAUCUGGUGGCGCCGUAAUAGAGGGCAGCAAGGACGACACUGUGGCUGAGGGUUCAAGCGCCACCUGAGAACCACCCCUGCAAAUACACAACAAAAGCCCUGCAGAUCUUUUCCAUUUACCACCACUGUAGACAAUCGAACAUCCCCUACCAAAUAACACAGAAACCAGUGAGAGUGGGGCGAGGGAGGACUUUGGUUUAACAUGUCUAAUGCCUGAACAACAACUUUACCUUAACACUGGGAUCUUACUUGUCUAUAGCUAACAUUUAACACUUUUCUUAUUCAGAAACACUUCACACAACACACGCAGCUUGUUGAUCGCUAAACACAGGUGAUUUUCUUUUUUUUUGUUACCUUCACAGUAAAACUGCCAAACUUCAAAUUUGAAACCUCUGCUGAGUUUACAACUAAACACACAUAAGGUCUUUUUUCUAACAUACUAAUUCACCAACAAAGGUUUACAAGAUUUUAUUAAUGCAAGGACCUGCUUAGAGCUCCUUAUUUGACCUUAACUAACCAUCUUUUCCUAUUUUACAAAAUUUACGUUUGGAUAAAACAAGCAAAUCUUUCUCAUUUUAAGCUGUUGUCACUAAAAUCCUACUAAAAUGUACAGUAAGAUGACGUCUUUUCAUUACACAAACCACAUUCUGUUAUCGGCAGUUUAUAUGAAGCUGAAAUGUGAUUGUUAUAUAACCAUGAUGGAGCAAAACGAUGCAUGUAAAGUACAUUUCCUACUCCUACCAAGCCCAGUAUUUAUGGAGAAUUAGAUGAUGAAUUAGAUAAAAGACGUUUGCAGGCUGAUCAAAGUCCCGAUCAAUAAUACUACACUGUAUGUUUAUUUGGAAAUUUCAGUGGCUAGAAUAUGUUUUGUUGUUUGAAAUCAUCCUGUCAUUCCUUCCUUGGCCUGUUUCUCUUCCUGGCUUAAAUUUCGAUUCACUUUCUUCCUUAUUUAGUUCAAACCAGACACUGAAACUUUUACUUUUGUUGACAAUUGUCUGGGAGUCGUUCUGCAGAGUCUUACAAAUCUGAAAAAUGCUAAUAUCUUUGAAAUAUUCACCAAAAUACUCCUGUGAGGCCUUUAUUAUGGUGUGUCGGUCAUGUGGAUGUUCAGUGAACACAACAGACUUGUAGCAGAAACUGGUUUGUGUUUUUUCGGAGGUGUGCAGCAGAUACGGCUUUGUCAAGACAAACUGCAUGGCUCUACCUCAUUAUUUCACAGUCCAAUGAAAAACAAAGACUCUCCAGGUUUGAUGCACUGUAAACAACAAAGAUGUAUUUAAUCAUUUUAAAUUAAAACAAAGCACAGUAAAACAAGCGAGUUAAUUCAACUAAAUGAUUGGUGACGUGUACAACGGGCUCCUGAUGAAAAGACAUUUUGUAAAGUUACUUACAGCCAACUUUUUGUAUUAAACCUGUCAUUAUGAUGUUAAAGCUAAACACAUGGUGUAAUGGUGAUAAAAAACAACACCAUCCUGAUUUAUAGUCAUCCACAAUAAGCCUUGUUUUCACCACUGGGACAGGGUUUUCAAAUUACAGCACAAAGGAACGACGAUGACGAUAUAACUGAUGAUAUUCCACAUCCAAUACACACGUACAGCAGUAAUUCCGUCUUUGCUGCUGCUUCACGACUGUUGUCUGUUGCCUCUUAAAUAUCAGGCGAGAUAUUUCAGCAUUUACUGUACACAAGCCAUCACACAAGGAAGGUUUAGAUGUCAGAUUCAAUACUUACUGCAUAUCAACACACAUGUGAUAUGGGAAGUGAAGCAAACAAAAAAAAAAACAAGGUGCCUCAAAUUAGAUGGAUUUACAGCAUCAGACUUUCAGGUCACGUUACAAAUACAGAAACAGAAAGAUCUACUGAUAAGAGAGACCGCUCUUAUUCAGCCUGGCUCUGUGAAGGAAAUACAAACCAAUUUUUGCAAUAAUUAAAAAUGUCUACAGACAUACACUUCAAUAACACACACACACACACACGCAUGCACACACUUGUAAAUACUGCAUGUGUAUGUUAUUUUAACCCCACGGAGGCUGAAUGUUCUUAGUGUAUAGAAUGAUUGAUGUAUUAUACAAAAAAAAAGACUUCUAAAUUUCUCACCAACCCAAAAUCCAUAAUAUAAAACAUAUAUGCAUACUAUAUACUAUUUACACUAAUAUUUACUAACAUCUCAAACUAAUUCAAAAACAAUAUUGUGAAAAAAAGAUGAAUAAUACAAUAUUGUUUCCAUUCCAGUCUGAUGAUACUCACAUCUUACACUGUCUCACAGUAUUUACAUAUUGUAUUAAAACAUUUAACCUGUACCACUUUAAACACUGACUGCAGCAUGAACCACAACAACAACAACAACAGGCUUUUAUUGUCCUUAACUUUUUUUCUGUGUGUGUGUGUGUGUGUGUGAGACCAGAGGAGUGACGUUUUAAUAUUGCCAUUAUUGUGCACUGGGGAUUUGUGUGUUCACAUGCCUCGAUGCAUGUAUGUACAGUACGACACGAUUUAUGUUUGUACAGACCAAUCUACUGUCGUCGCUGUGAGCUUCUCCGUCUGUUGUGAGUAAGGUAUCCAUGUAUCUGCUUAAAACUGUGCUGCAACGUGCUGUGCUCAAGUCACACGUGUGAAUCUGUUCAAAAAAGAUAUUCUCUAUUGUAACUUUGAGGUGUUUGAGUGACUCUCGUCUUUGUUUUAGUGCCUAAAACAUGUAUCAGACGGUCAGCCUGUAUUCAGUCAUGAGCUGACGCUUGUAAUGACGCCUUUUUUUUCGUGUAGGUAGUGAUGGUGAUAUCACUUCCCUGGGCCUAUGGCGUGCUAGCGUGUAGGAGAGAUGUGGCAUUUUGUAUAAAGAUGUUGAAACUGGUCAAGUCUGCUGCAGUAUGUGAGAAAAACAGCUUUGUGUGAGUUAUGUUGUGAAGAAAACAACAGAGGAAACAGCACUUUCAUGUUCCACCCCUUCAGAAUAAUGUCAGUGAUUGUAAAAACGAAGCUACUGAGAGGAGCAGAGAGAGGGAGAGGCAUUAGUGCAUUAGUGAGACGAGCCUCUAACGAUAUCACCAGUCUCUUAGCGAAGGCUCCGUCCAGCGGUGUUGGAGUUAUUAUAGCAAACAGGUGCCAGAGGAAUUCUGGUUUCAUACACACCUCUGUUAACCCACUUAUAGAAACCACCACUGUUAAUAACACUGGCACCUCUUGCACUAUGUGCACUGCCUCUCUGUUUACUUCUGCUGUUGUGGCCUGGGUGGAAUGUGACGUUCCUCGUGUUCUACCCUUUUUGCACAACACUUCACACAGAUGUUUUCUAAAGAAAUGUUUUUGGGUUUUUUUCUUUACUUCGUGUGUAAACAAAUACUAAGAAUAAACGAAAAAAGAAGAUGAUUAUGA